UUCCUCAAAGCUUCUCUGGUAGAGGUUGUGGAGAGAGAAAAGAGAGAGAAAGAGAGAGAAAGAAGAUGAAUGCGUUGGGGAGGCAGGCGCAGAGAUCUGGUGCAUCGACGAUGCAUCAGAGGCAGUACUCCGACAACUUCAUAGAUGCUUCGUCUAAUGGGAGGUGGCUUCAAUCUGCUGGUCUUCAGCACCUCCAGUCCUCCAAUGCCUCCGUUCCUUCUCUUCAGGACUAUGGGUACUAUGGUGGUGGUGGUGGUGGAGGAGGAGGAGGAGGAGGAGGAGGAGGGGGGCAGGGGUCGAGAGUGUAUAGGAGUAUGCAGAGGGAGUUUGGUGGAGGGAAUGAGUUUUACUCAGAGCCAUCUACGCCGCCUUUAAAUUCGAGGUCGAUGGGUCAGAGGAAGACCGGUGAGGAGCAAGUUUCACCUAGUGAGUUCAGUCCUGGACUCCUAGAUCUGCAUUCUUUGGAUACUGAGCUUCUUCCUGAGAUACCAGUUCAUAGUCUUUAUGAUAGCACUUCCAUGUAUCAUUCUGUACGGGGCAGAAGCUUUGAUGACUCUGAGCCAUACAUCCCUGCCAACAAACAGGCUGGCAGAGCUCGUGGUUUGCCAGAAAACAACCUACUGAAAAGUUUUGCUGCUGAUAAGGAGAAGGCCAGCUCUGUUGCGAAGAUAAAAGUUGUGGUUCGCAAAAGACCAUUAAAUAAAAAGGAGUUAGCAAAGAAUGAGGAGGACAUUAUAACUAUUGAUUCCAAUUCUCUGACAGUUCAUGAGACAAAACUUAAGGUUGAUUUGACAGAAUAUGUGGAGAAGCAUGAAUUUUUUUUUGAUGCAGUGUUGAAUGAGGAGGUUUCAAAUGAUGAGGUCUAUCGUGAGACUGUGGAGCCCAUUGUUCCAAUAAUUUUUCAACGCACGAAAGCAACUUGCUUUGCAUAUGGGCAAACAGGGAGUGGAAAAACUUUUACUAUGAAACCAUUGCCACUUAAGGCGUCUCGGGAUAUCUUGAGAUUGAUGCACCACACUUACCGGAACCAAGGUUUUCAGUUGUUUGUAAGCUUCUUUGAAAUUUAUGGAGGAAAGCUUUUUGAUCUCCUCAAUGAUCGGAAAAAACUUUGCAUGAGAGAAGAUGGUAAACAGCAAGUUUGCAUUGUGGGUUUGCAAGAGUAUAGAGUAGCUGAUGUGGAGACAAUUAAAGAGCUCAUUGAGAAAGGAAGUGCAACAAGAAGUACUGGUACAACUGGUGCAAAUGAGGAGUCCUCCCGUUCACAUGCCAUACUUCAGCUUGCUAUCAAGAGAUCUGUUGAUGGCAAUGAAUCAAAGCCUCCUCGUGUUGUUGGCAAGCUCUCCUUUAUAGAUCUUGCUGGGAGUGAACGUGGUGCGGAUACAACAGAUAAUGAUAAGCAGACAAGAAUGGAAGGUGCUGAGAUUAAUAAAAGUUUGCUUGCAUUGAAGGAAUGCAUAAGAGCACUUGACAAUGAUCAGGGUCAUAUUCCUUUUAGAGGCAGUAAACUAACUGAAGUUCUAAGAGAUUCAUUUGUUGGUGACUCACGUACGGUAAUGAUUUCAUGCAUUUCACCCAAUGCUGGAUCGUGUGAGCAUACUCUCAACACCUUAAGAUAUGCCGACAGGGUGAAGAGCCUCUCCAAAGGCGGCAACUCUAAGAAGGAUAUAUUGUCUUCAACCUUAAACCUAAAGGAAUCAACAAACAUGCCCCUAUCUUCAGUUUUACCUGUUGUAACCACCUAUGAAGAUGACAUGACUGAUACAUGGCCUGACCAAAAUGAAAGAGACGAGUUUGAUGUGUCAGAAGAGUCCUAUGAGCAAGAGAAACCAUCAUGGAAGAAUGGGAGGCUAGAGCCAUACCAUCUUUCUCAUUCUGAAGACAAAUUUAGGAAGGCCAAUGGCCAGACAAAAUGGAAGGAACAGCCAAAAUUUGAUACUAAGAUCUCCCAUUCAGAUGAUGAUUUGAAUGCCCUCUUACAGGAAGAGGAAGAUCUUGUAAAUGCUCACCGGAAACAAGUGGAGGAGACCAUGAACAUUGUUAGAGAGGAGAUGAACCUGUUGGUCGAAGCAGAUCAACCCGGGAAUCAGCUGGAUGACUAUGUUUCUAGAUUGAAUUCAAUACUAUCCCAGAAGGCUGCUGGAAUAAUGCAGCUUCAAGCUCAUUUGGCUCAUUUUCAGAAGCGUCUGAAGGAGCAUAAUGUUUUAGUGUCUUCAUAUGGUCAAUAAUUUCAUAGUUGCUGUCACAUGAGAAAUAAAGCUUGGUUUUACUCUGAAGCUUAUUAUCUCAAUAUCACCGAUCCAAUGGUGGGUUGGUUCCAUGGCUUACAUGAUUCUGUUCAGAAUAUUGUGGCCUAGUAAAAAUGGCAUCUCCCAGGCAUGGGAUUGUUUCGUUUAGCAUCAUCCUACAUCUUUGGCAAUCUCCAUUAGGUUUCUGGAGUUGCAGUUUUUUGUUGUCGAAUUAAGGCCUUAUUUCUCUUUCACAUUUUUAUCAUUACUGUUAAAUUUGUUAUUGAUUUAUCCCCUUUAUCGUGUCACUGGAAACUCUGGGAUUAACAUGCUAUUUGGCAUGCUUUUGUAAAGCUCUGCAGACUGCAGCACUGUACUCUUAUUGAUAAUGCAAGGAAUUAAUAUUGGAUUGCUAUU